AUGCGCGACGGUGCGGAUGGCGGGCGACGCGCGUGGAGGAAUGUUUUGGACGACGCGGACGAUCUGUCGGGGACGGAGACGACGGUGAAGCGCGGUGAUGGACGGGUGGCAGGGAUGUUAACGUCGUGCGGGCGCGUGACGCUGGAGCGGACGUGGACGGGGAGUUUACACGCGUCGGCGUACGCGACGCCGCUGGCGGAGGACGUCGAGCGGGACGGACGGGGCGGAGUGGUGACGCAAUCGGCGAGCGGACGCGUUCGAGCGUUGGACGGGGUGUCUGGGGUGGAGUUGGAGGGGGCGGUCUGGGGGCAGAGGCACGGACUAGCGUCGAGGGCUGGGAUUGUGCGGAUCGGGCGCGCGUUGGCGAGCGCGUCGCUGGACGGCGAGAUACGGAUGUUUGACGCGCGCAGAGAGCGAUGUCGAGCGCGAUUGAAGCCGUUGACGAUGAAGCGGGCGAUUGCGAACGGGAGUGGUGAUGAUGACAUGGAGGGUUCGAACGAUCCGGUGGAGAUUGAGCGAAGACACGAGGCGACACAUCGCGCGCCGGGAUCGACUCGAUCACUUUUAUCAAUCGAGGACGAAGAGGCGCGGAGCGAUCGAGCGUGGAACGCGGUCGACGCGCAGUGGCGCGCGAAGACGCGAGGCGAGAAUGUGAGAGAUGAGUUGCGUCGAGCGAUGGGUGACGAGGUAUCGGUUGACGCGCACGUCUUGUGCGCGCCGGCGGUUGGUGACGUUGACGGAGACGGGGCGCUCGAGCUCGUGUUUGCGGUAUCGUAUUACUUUGACGAUUCCGUGCACUUCGACGAUGAGGACGAGAUCGAGCCAGAGAAGUACGCUGCGACGGGGAUAGUAGUGCUCAAUUCCGAGGAUUUAUCCGUCAAGCUUGCGGUGACGCUCGAUGAGUCUGGACGCGCGUACGGGUCGCCCACGCUGGCGGAUGUCGACGGCAACGGCCGGCUGGAUAUCGCUCUCGGCACGUACGGUGGAGGCGUGCACGUCGUGGACGGGAUCUCGGGUAAAGCGCUUCCGGGAUGGCCGAAGCACAUGGGGCGAAUCGAGGCGCAAAUCGCCAUCGCGGAUGUCGACGCGGAUGGUGAAAACGAACUCAUCGCGUGCGACGUUCGCGGCGAAAUCGCCGCCUUUAAAUCAGACGGGAACAAACUCUGGCGUCGUAGCGUGGAGUCUCGAAUCUCUGUUGGUGCAGCCGUCGGUGAUAUAGAUGGCGAUGGUGCGCUCGACGUGGUCGUCGGCACGACCUCAGGCGCCGUGCAUGCGUAUCGCGCCGAGGACGGUUCCGCGCUCGGCGGUUGGCCGGUGCGCGCGAGCGACAAAAUUCUCGCACCAAUCGUCCUGACGAAGAUUCGUCCAAACAAACUCGGUCUCGACGUCAUCGUUGCCGCGCACGACGGCGUAGUGAACUUUUUUGAUGGGAAAGCGACGUGUCGAGACGUCGUAGACGUCGCAGAGAAGAUUUACGCUGCGCCAGUCGUGACGUCGUUCGCCGGAUCCGGCGCGCUCGAUGUCGUCGUCUCCACCAUGCAAGGGAACGUGCACGCGUUCAGGGCGAAAGGUUCAAAAUUUGACGCGCUCGCGGUGUCGUCAAGCGACUCGCAUGCCGCACGAGUCGGUUACUUUGGAGUCGUCCUGCGCGAUCGAGCGCAUCGCGUCGUGCGUGGAACGCGCAUCAAUGUCGCGUACGAGAUAGUGGAUCGGCGCGUUCUUAACGUCGCCAAAUCGAAGAGAACGCACGAGCCGUAUCAAAUAACGAUAACGCUCAUCGCGCUCGACGGUUUCGAGCGUUCGGUCACCGCAAAAUACGCGCACGCGGGUAAGUUUACGCUCUGGGUGGAUGUUCCGGCUACGAAGACGCGAGGUGAGAUUCGCGCGCGCGUCGUCGACGCCACGCUCAACGACGCCGAGGAUGCGUACUCGCUAUCGUUUCACGAUAAUUACGAGUCCAUACUCAAGUGGCUCGUCGCCGUGCCGUUUCUGCUCGCGAGUUUUGUCGCGAUUCGUCGCGCGAGCGAGGAGGCGCUCGAACUCGACGUCUUUGGCGCGUCCGCCACCAUUCCGACGACGUCCAAGGGGAAGCACGAGGAGUGA